AUGAAGUCAUGGAAUCUGAUUUUCACUACAUUUCAGUGGAAUGCAGUUAUCCUUAUGUCCUCUAUGGUUGCUGGUUCGAUGAUAAAGAGACGAUUAUCACAAAAUUUGGCGUACUUUGAAGCAAAUGAGGGUAACACUGACCACACCAUAUUUUGAUAUGUUCUAACUUUGUAGAACGACCUCAAAAAUAUAAUUCAUUUACAAUUAUUCACCGAAGUGGAGGUGGCUAGUAGUGGUUAUUAUGUCCACCACUAGCCACGGACACUGAGGUGAAUAAUUGUUUUAGUAUAUACUGAAACAGUGAGAUAGUUGAGCGCAAAAAUGAUGAUUUAUAACUCAUUUUCUGCUGCCAACGAUUACAAUUUUGGUGCGCGAUGACCGAACGAUCGCGGUCGUCGCUUUUUCUUGCCGACAAAUAAAACUUCUGAAGGCGUUUGUUUAGCUCUUGCGGGGAAAUUUCUUCAAAAAGGAGUUGUGAAUUCUUUUUGUAUUUAAAAUCAUUCUGUAAAAUAGAUUAUUAAAUUUAGUUUUGAGCUUGUUUAUAAACAAGUCAACUAGACAAACUAACGCAAGACUUAAGCUUAAUUUGCAUUUGUAAACAAAAAACUUUUUCACCGGUUUUAUCGAUAAAUUCAAGUCAAAAACACAAAGCUUUACCUGUUAAAAUUUCCAAACCGAACUUCGUCACCUUCUUCGUGUAUUUCGGGAACAGAUUGCUUGAUAAGUUGUGAAAUUUCUUUGUUACGGCAGCAAACCGAGAAGGUAUUUUGCUCGCAACUUACACGAGUUUGGCGUCGCUCGUUAGGAGGAACUGGAGGUGAAUCAGUGAAUAGUGCAGGAUAUUCACGGAUUGAGUAGCCAAUCAGAGCGCGCGAAAAACACUAUCCGCUGUUUUAGUAUUUACUAAAGUGGUUUAAGUCUUAAAACGUGCUGUGAGUACUGUUUCGCGCUUAAAUUAAAAGCUUUCACAUUUUGUUUGCCAAAAUUGUCGAUGUCUUGAAUAAAACAUCUAUUGUGCUACCACUUACACCUAAGGCAACUAAUUAACUGUAAGUGAAAGUCGUGAACCGUAAUGACACCAUAAUAAUAACGUUAUUCUCCUCAGAAGCAGAAUUUUACGGUUUGGUAUUACGUAUAAACGUAAGAAAUCAAUUAAUUAGGUACUUAUAAAGGUUGGUUUUCACUAGCGACGGACUAAGAGUCGGAGUCGUAAUCAUAGCGUAGAACUUUGCUUACGCUUCCGACAAUCUGGCUCUCAUUAGAUCGUAAACGACGGAGUCAUAAGUGGAGUCGGAAGAAAAUAGGAACGUUCUGAUUUUUCCGACGCGGAUUGCGUCGCCGUUAUGACUUCGCUUACGACUCCAAUUUUAGAUUUUCACGAGGUCAUAAGCGCUCUUACGUCUCCGACUCCAACUCCGUCGCUAGUGAAAACCAGCCUUAAGAGACUAAAACCAUUCGUUUUGUUUGCUCAAAUAGUCGUGGAUGCGGUUUAGGCAAAAUAUAUGUGUCUGACGGAAACUAACUUGACUCUCAACUGAAGGUUGUAGACCUCGAUGAAAACACUACUGAUUUUCUUCCUUUUGAACAGAGAUUUUUCGUUGGAAUAAACGUUACAAAUAAAUUAUUAAGGCCUUCAUAAGCGAUCGCUCUUCAAUUGGUCAUCCAAAGCUUAUGGGUUGUUCGACUGCGCAUUAAAUUAAACGUAUAGCUAACUUAAAGUUGCAUACGUCACAAAAUGUAUAGUCGUAGGUCACCGAGAAAUGUAAAGUUGUAGUGCAGACCAAUUCGGUCUCAGCAUUUUAUCAUGAAUAAUUGAUUUCUAUUAAUUAAUUUUAUUAAAUUUUCAUUUUGACUGAAGUGAACCUUCGGAACAAAUUGAUACAUACAAUUAUGCGUAUUUGAAAAAAAAAGCAUUUACUUUCUUUUUUAGUUUGUGCUAUACAUGCAACUUUUAUCAUGUUUGUCAUCAUAUCUUGCAACUAAACUUUAUUUCACUUGUCUUUAUUGAAGCCCUCUUAUUAUUUAUUUAUUCAAAGGAUACUCGCUACAAAGUCAUGUGAUUGCCUUUCAUCACGUAACACGUGACUUUGACUGUGGGGUUAUGUGUUUGCAAAACAAAGGGUGUUUAUCAUACAACUACAAACCAAUGAGCAACAACCACAACGAGUGCCAGUUGAAUGAUGCCAGCAAAGUCUCGUGUCCAGGAUGUUUAACUGUUGAACCUGGCGUCAUUUAUUAUGACGUUGUCAUGGUAAGUUACAUCAAUCAGAGCAAUAAGUCGGCCCAAGGGAAGCAAAGAGAAUUUCGGAUCAAUUUAGGUUUGUGGGAAACUGCCCACCUACCCCUCCCCUAAGCUAACAUUAUCACUUACUUCUCACUUAGGGCAAAAUGUUGGCUUAGGGGAGGGGUAGGUGGGCAGUUUCCAAGAAACCUAAAUUGAUAGAAUUUCAAUAGGGAGCUUAAUAAGCAAAGGCGUUUUGGAGAGACGCGCGUCAACCGGAAGUGAGGAUGUUUUCCUUUUAAUAUGCCUUUACGCUAUAAAAUUUGUAUUUCGUAGUUUCUUAACACUUGUAGAGACGAUUUAACUGAAAAUUUGGGCAAAACCACUGCUCAGGAAUGUAAAACGUCUACUUCCGGUUGACCUGCGUUGCUCAAAAAUGCCUUUGCUUCAUUUUCCUAAUAUCAGCAAGCCAGAUCAUUCUACUUUUAAAUAGUUACAGUCGAAUCUCGAUAACUCGAACCCUCGCUAACUGGAACCUCGCGCCAACUGGAAACUCGAACCAAAAUCAAUUUCACCUGGAUUUCCUUUAUACAUUUACUAGCAUUUUACCCUCGGUAACUCGAACCUCCCGCCAGCUCAAAGAAAAUUUUGUUUUCUUUCAGAUCAUUUCUACAUGUAAACAUGCGCUCAAUUUAACUCGACAAGUCGAAACAAAGUGUACUGCAGUCCGAAACAUUGGAGUUACUUCAGCAACUGUGUCUUUACUUUUUCAGUUUAGUCUAAAUACAGUGUCCAGCAAUGUGUAUUUAUCAAGUUUUGAAGUGUAGUGCAUUUUUUAUGAUGUUACUUACAUUCAUUCCUCAUCCCAUUUUCGAAUUUCCGGUUAUUUGCUUCAAACUCUUGCUAACUGGAACCUUUUUUCAUUUCCCUAGAGGGUUCGAGUUGUCCGAUGGGAGUCGAUUGUUUACACUCCUGCAAUAUACGUUUUUAUAGGUUUUACUUUUUGCUCUCCCAUGUCAGAUAUGAAUGCUUAAAGUUACGACCAUACAAAAGGAAAAUUCCCUUUAAAAACUAGUACACUGUCUCUUGAAAAAUCGGGCUAUUAUCCAAGUGUCUCGAGUUACCAAAGCAACAGGAAGCUCGUCGUUAACCGAACCAUCGUCAAUAGUAUUCAACCAUGAUCUUACAAAAUUUGAAAUGAAAAGAAAUUAAUCCAUUGCGUCUUAUCUUUAUUUAUUUAUUUAUUGUUCAUGUCCCUUUUUUUUUCAGAUGAACAACUGCAUCGGGAGAGAUGGUGAGAACUCCAAUAGUGUUGAUCAAUUACAGCUAAUUGUUUUUUAUUGUUGUUAAAUUUUGCGUUCUUGUUGCCACCAUGACAUUAAUGAUUUCUAUAUAUGCAACCCUGACCAUAAUAGAAUAUUAGUAAUAAUAAUAAUAAUAAUAAUAAUAAUAAUAAUAAUAAUAAUAAUAAUAGUGAUAAUAAUGUUUCCGAUGGAUUGGAUUAUACAUAGACAGCCAAGGAUUAUUCAACAGGCUAGUUAUUCUGUCGGAUUUUCUUUUUCCCAUCCAAUUCUUUCCAAACUAGUACUGAAAAGUUUAUAGUCCUUUAAGCAAAGAAAUCGUUUCAUUUUGUUCUUUUUUAUUCUUUUGCUUUUAGGUGAAAUCUCGGAUUACGACCUUAAUUUUCCUUCCAAGAGCACCAGAAAUUACGUCAACCAGACCUGGCCUAUGAAAUUGUCAAAGUUUACAAUUUGCUUUUGGAUGCAGACUGAAGACACCAGUAAAGGCGUGACGUUUAGCUAUGCUAUUCCAGGACAACACAAUGAAAUAACGAUCUUUAAAACGGAACUGGCAAUACAUGAUGAGACGAGGUAAGGAUCGAGCCAAUACUGCCAGCACUCUUUUUUAACACUGCAUGAAACGAUCCUCAGUUUCUUGGUCCGAGAUAGUAGCCAGUCUCUGUGGCCACUUGAUGGUAUUAGAGCUCAAUCAAUUAAGGCUAAUCUCAAGGUGAGUGGUGGUGGAUGAGGGGGCGGGGGUUGAAAUGUCCCUUCUAUAAACAUCUAAAUGCUGUACGACUUAGUAAAUAGUCACAGGAUACUUGAAUUGAUGCAUUUCCAAAGUUAAUUUCGGCGCCAUUGAAUCCUAUAUCGCAUGCAGAGAAUUUAAGUAAGAAUCAACCCUGUGAACGGAUUCUCUUUUUGACUUCUUCUUGAACGAGGAGGAGAAAAAGGCGGCUCAGUAGAAAUCGCGUCAAGCUUUGGUAUCGCGGCAAUGAGACCGAACUUUUGGUCUCGUCAAUCUUGUUUUCUCAUGUGAAACUAUUUUUUUGAGUACGAGCAUCCGUUUUUUAAUAAAAAGGUGGCGAUAACUGAACCUGCUGUAAUAAGCGCACGGCUACUAAGACUAGUUUCGAACGGUAUCGUGUCAACAUGAAAAGCAUGUUCAACAUUUUCUAAUCUUAAUUCCUCAAGCAAGGAAAUGAAAGGAUAUGCUGGAAGGGUAGGGAACCACUCACAACGUCGGCACUGGCAGCCAAAUUAACUGUGGGUUUCUUUUUGAUUAGUAUACAAUCAACUCUCGCCUGGAUUCCUGGUUAUCACGGAUACCCCUAUAAUACGUGCGGACAGCCUCUGAAUCCCCGGUGAAAAUUACAGAUAUUUGACUAAAACCAAGAGUCCUGCUGUUAUGGACUCUCGCUUAAGGGACCGGUCAUUAUUUAGCGCCGGGGGGGGAGGCUUGGGACUAAACAAGGUGAAAUUUAGCCGAUCCCCACUUUGAAUGUUACUUCGCUGAAGUGAUCCCCCCAAAUAACAGUUGACGACUUUCGCGAUUCCCCCGUCCCAUGUCUUCAUGUCCAAGCAAAUUUGAGUGGUCCCCCUCUGAAUCCUUCCAAAGAUUUCAGUGAUCCCCCCUUUUGGGUUCUCAUUUAUGAUCCCCCCUUUUGUUCUCCUAAAAAUCAAGUGAUAACCCACAAAUCAACCACCCCAUCCCCCUCCCCGUCCCCCCAGGCGAUAAAUAAUGACCGGUCCCUAAAUUAAGCGGACACCUUUCUCGGCCCCAACAGCACUGUUUUGGUGUUUAAACUCUCGUUAUAACGGACAUCAAUCAGAUUCUUAACGCUACAAGUUGUGUCUAAAUUAUGAUUCAGUUUAUUCAUUUGUUAUCCAUCUAUUUUAUGAAGGAGCAUUGGUCUAGGAAAUUAUUACGAUGGAACAAGACACCACAUCUGCGUAGCUUGGGGAAAUGAGAAUGGAGAAUGGAGUAUGACAGUAGACGGCGUAAUGGCCAUUAACGGUACCGGCUUUAAACCCGGAUAUGUUAUUCCUGGUCGAGGGUACUUGGUAAUUGGUCAAGAUCAAGACAAAAUGGCAGAUCCUAAUAGUUUCCAACAGACGCAGAGCUUUCAUGGAACACUCAGUGGACUUCAUGUAUGGAGUUAUGUGUUGUCUCGGGCAGAAAUAGUUCGCAUGUCCAAGGGCUGUAAUAUGGGAAUUGGAAAUGUCCUUAUGUGGUCUGAUUUUCUGAUCUCAAGGCAUGGUGAUGUUGUUGUCAAAUGUCCAUCCAGAUGUGAGAUUUAG